AGGUGUACGUAUACUCUCAACAUAUAUAUUCUCCACAGCCCCUCCAUCACGGCUCACUGUGUGAACCCCUCUACUCAUUCCCCAUUCCCCAAACCCAAAGACAAUAAUCCACCCUAAAACCAUAUGCAAAAUGUCCAGGCCCUCAACCCCCUCUCCAUCCCCAAACCCCACCCUCGACACCAUAAUCUCCUCCCUCAAAACCGGCGCCACAAAAAACAUCCUCAUCCUCUCCGGCGCCGGCCUCUCGACCUCCACGGGCCUCCCCGACUUCCGGUCUCCAGACACAGGGCUCUACGCCAGACUCUCGCCUCUCCAACUCCCCUACCCAGAGGCAAUUUUCCACAUCUCCUACUUCAAACACACCCCCGAACCCUUUUACGCGAUCGCGCGCGCGCGACAUCCUAGAAACGCCGUUCCGAGCAUCGCGCAUGCGUUCAUUGCCCUCUUAGAGAAGAAGGGGGUACUACGGUUCGUGGUUACGCAGAAUAUCGACGGGCUCGAGAUCGACGCGGGCGUUUCGAGGGAGAAAGUCCUCAACGCGCAUGGGUCUUGGAAAACGCAGCGGUGUCUCAAGUGUCGCGUUCCCUAUCCGGAUGCGAGGAUGAAGGACGCUAUUCUCGCGGGCGAAGUGCCCAUUUGCGAUCGGGAUGGUUGCGGCGGGACAAUCAAGCCGGAUAUUGUCAUGUUCGGCGAAUCUCUACCGAGGGAGUUUGAUGAUGUUGAAAGCACAAUUUUACCGGAGGCGGAUUUGCUGCUUGUUAUGGGGACGAGUCUCAAGGUCGCUCCUGUUUCGGAGUUGCCGCGCAAGGUUGGCGCUUCUGUACCCAGGGUCCUGAUUAAUAAUGAGUGCGUGGGUGAUUUUGGGAGUCGAGAAAGUGAUGUUCUUCUCCUUGGAGGAUGUGAUGAGGGUGUCCGCGAGAUCGCGAGGAGGUUGGGGUGGGAAGAGGAGUUGGAGGCGUUGCAUCGAGAGGCGGUCGAGAGGAAGGAAAGGAUUACGAGGGAAGAGGGGUGGGGUGAUCAGGAGGGACCGAGUCUCGAUGAGUGCAUUGCGAAGGCCGCGGAGAGGAUGAAGGUGCGCAUGGGGGUUUCGGAGGGCCAUCGGCGGAUGCUAGAGGGGCAUUUGGGGGAGAAGAUGUGGGGGAUUUUGCGGCGGGAUACGUAGAUUAUUCCGAAUUCAAGGAUGGAAUGGAAUGAGAGUGCUGGUGAUAUCAGGUUAGGGUUGUGGUUGCGGCUGUGGCUUCCUGGAGUAUCGUGGUAGGAACCUCUAUAACCAAACUACCAGGUACCCCACAAAGCGAAAAAGAGCCUCAAAGAUGCCACGCGGCAUAUCAAGAAUAAUGACAUAAUCAUGCUUCUGGAUCGACGCCGUCAGGCACCAAGCUUUGUUGUUCUCCAGUAACAAGGACCUUGGGGUUAGCAUCAAGCUUGUGUUGACGGCGGGCGGGAUCAGCGCUGCCUUGACUCACGUCUCGUAUACAAGAGGCCACCGUGGCAAUCCUUCUUUCCCCAAACAAUCUCGUACAGAAAGGAGCAAAUAGGUGGUGUGCCUACCAGGCACCAUAAAUAACCCCGAGAGUUAAAAGAAAGGGGCCGAGCAACGUCUCCGACCCAGUUGAUACGAUUCAUCUCAGGUGGUAUUUGUAGGGGUAGGCAGAAGCCAACAUGAAUAGUGAGACACACACACACCCUCUUCCCUCCUCGAGACUAAAGAUCGCUGAUCUCUACAUCAGCAAUAGCAAAAUGGCUCUUCG